CGAAUUUGAAGCUCGCAACUGAAACUCAAUACCCAGAACAGAAUCAACUCUUUUGCUAUUGGUGUGGCUAUAAAAACAAAGCAUCAAGCCACAAACGAGCAACCGUCAGAGGGCAGUUGGGAGCAUGUCGGAACUAGCACUGAGCAUUAUCAUUUACACGCUACUGGGUCUGGCUCUAACGCUACCCCUCGAGGAGCCACGCUACAAUCAACUGGGCUAUAAACACGAUCAAUUGGCCAACUCAACCAUGUGUAAUAACACCGUAAUUGCCACGACCGAUCGACUGGGGGUUCCGGCCACUACGCCCUCGCCCGCGCCCGGGCCUACGCCACAGUUUGAGUAUGCGCUGCUUGGCCAAGACUCUAGGGAUCAGCAUUGGUAUCGCGUGAGUCUAACACCGCUGGACAACAAGUUGGGCUAUCGAGCGCAGUUCGCAACGCGACAACCUCCACCUUAUGAUUCUAAGCAGGCACACAAGCACGAUAAGAUGAUCACUGAGUUGUUAUACUUCCUGGAUAAAUCUGAGGAGCACAAUCUACAGAAGGCCUAUGGCCAGCUGCUGGCCAGUGCGGAUUACAACGAUGAGGAGGGCAAGAUGAAGCCGAGUGUGGAUAAAACCGUAGUUCAAAUGGAUGACGACGCGGACUUUAAAAGUCAUUUAAAGACUGAUCCGAACCAGCGUCUUAUUUUUCUGGCUGAAUUGCCGGGAGGUACGACCGCAAAUAACCAAAGUGGCAACGACUCGAGUAUGGUGAACAACUUUGUAUACUUCAUAAAGGGCUUAAAGUAGAAAGUGCUUAAUUCUCCAUGAUACCCAGCUAAGAGACACCUGUAUAUAUCUCGAAUC